AUGUUUGAGAAUGAUGCACGAUCAAAGGCAAAAUUUACUAUGUGGUUUCACUUUCAUGGAAAUUUACUAACUGUGGACAGACUUCUUAGAUGGGGUCUUAAACUUUCCCCUACCUGUGUUCUAUGUCUGAUGCAAGAUGAAACUAGAGAUCAUCUUUUCCUUUCUUGUGCUUUUGCACAAACCCUCUGGACUCGGAUGCUUCACUGGAUACAUAAAGAUGCUAUCACUGCAAGCAUAUGGGAGGACUAUACAAUGUGGGCUAUAAAGAAUGCUAAAAGUAGAUCGCAAAGAGUAAGAAUCUUCAAACUUGUAUUUGCUGAAUGUGUACACACUCUCUGGAUUGAAGGAAAUCAAAGAAUAUUUGAGGAAAAACAGAGGACAUGUGACAGCCUUGCAAAAGUUUUAGCUUACACCUGCAUUACCAGAGCUAAACCAACAAUCAGUACUCUUCUGCAUAAUUAUCGUUUCUAG